UAUUGUCUAGCAGCACUGCUGUAGCGUCGCUUUUGCACAAUUGAUUCAAAAUUUUGUCGCCCUACAGAAAAAACGACCCGAGUAUUGUUUUUAAAAUGUACAAUAACUUAGAUUUAAAUGCUUUGACCAUAGAAGACAUAGUCGAAGAAUACAAAAUAUUGCAUGAGCGUCAUGAGCAACUGAAAGAACGCAGUGAGGAGGAUGCCCAGCGAAUACACGAGCUCAAACGAAGCCUGGACACAUCUUUGGCGGCAGAAAAAUAUUUAACGCAGGAGCUGGAACAUCUAAACGCCCAGGCGCAAGCGUCGUGUCCUAACACAGAUGCGCGUGUGCAACAAGAAUUGGAAGAUCUCCGACGCAAACACAGAAAUCUACAACUGGAACAUGAAACCUUACAACAGGACUACGAUGCGAAAGUCGAGGAGACAGUCAGCCUCAAGGCGAAGCUGGAGAACGCAGUGCGCGAUCUGGAAUCGUCUGCUAUGGUGAAAACGAGCAGUGUAGACGAUGAAAUCAUAUCACGUUUAAAUGGAAUGGAAUUGGAGAAUGCAGAGCUAAUGCAAAAAUUGGCUGAAUAUGAGGAGGGCAAUGUGAAAAAUACCUUUGCCCUCGCCGAGCAAGAGAAAACCAUUGAGAUAUUAAAAGAUCAAAUCGAUUGCCUGGAGCAAAAUCUGCGCAGCAAACGAGAUGAGCUGGAGGAGAAGUUUCAGGUGUUGGAGAGCACUCAGGAGCAGCUGGUGGAUGCUAAUGCCAAAAUAGCCCUGCUGAGCAGUGCCCCAGAACACAAUGAACGCAAAGGAAAUUCACUGUUUGCGGAGGUAGAUGAUCAACGACAGGUGAUGAAGCACUUACUAGCUGCCCAAAAGAAGAGCUAUUUGGAUAUGAAGAAGAUAUUCAACGAGAGUAAAUUUGAAAUACAUCGUCUUAAACGUGAGAACAUAGCCAUGCACACGGAGCUUCAAGCAUGCAGCACAAUCUUCUGCAGCGCCGACAAAACCUACCAGAAUAAGCUCAAUGAACGCAUUCGCAAGCUGUUGCAGCAAAAUGCCAAACUGGAGUGCAAUUUGAAUGAGCUGCAGGAGCGUCUGCGCGAAUUGGCCAGCCAAAAAUCAGUGACUUGGCUAGAUUCUAUGCUGGAUUUCUGCAAACGCGAAACGGACGAGCUGAAGACCCAACUGCGCAGUAUGCACAUCCAAAAUGCCACGCUCGAGGAACAGUUGCGCAAUAUGCAACAGGACAUGGCACGUUGGCGCUUUGAAUCGCUGAAGUCACGCUGUGUGUUGAUUGAUCGCGAAAAUCUGCUGAUGGAGCACAAGAUUGCUUUCAAGCCCAUGCAGGCCAUGGAGUUCGAUAUUAAGGAAGCUCAACUUAAAGCUGCCUUGCCACGUAUUGUCAACGUCACGGCCGCCCCUUUAGGCUGCGAGAAUGCAGUUAACGUGACAACAAAAGCUGAACUCGUUGUAUUGGAAACGCCGUUAAAGCCGCGUGCAGUUUGCGUCAAUCUGCAAACGGAUGUCAUUGUCUUGGACACUCCACUUAAAACUGAGCCGGAGACGGAGUCGCGCUCUGCCAUUAAAUAUGCACCGCUCUCUUGUCCAAUUAAAAUAAAGCAUGAGGUAAUUGAUCAGGCAUCCACAGAGAACUCAGGUGAACAGCUACAACUAGAUCAGGUCCAAUGCAAAACUGAGCUAGAGGAAUCGGAUGCAAUCGAACCGUUAAGUUCCUCAUCUCAAUCACUUACAAUGUCCACUCCACCCAUUGGACACAUCCGAAUUAAAUGUGAGCAGCAGCUUAUGUCACCUGAAACAGAACCAUUGCAAGCACCGGCUGAGCUUUCUGUGCCUGCCAAGCCUCAGCGCAAGGGCACUCCUAUCAAAUUAAGUCAGGUUAUAGCUGAGUUUGAUGAGGACCAACAUGAGCAAGUUCCCACGCCUGCCAAGCCGCAGCGCAAGGGUACGCCAGUUAGGACCAAGGAAGAGCCCAUUGAGUUUCAUGAAAUUUGUGAGGCUAAACCCUUGCGCAAGGGCACGCCAGUUAGAGUCAAGUCUAGUGCCAUUGACACUGAGACCAGCGUCCUCUGUCCAGUGCGCUCUAUACUAACAAAGAAACGCGAUUUGUUUGCCGAAGACAGCAACAAGAAUGUGCAGUUCAGCAGCAACGCACCCAUUGUGCACAAUCUGUCUCCUGAUCUUUGCAGUCCAGCGACGUGCAGCAAGGAAAAUGCUCAGCCUGAAAUCCUGGACAUAAAGCCAGUCAAAAAGUCGCAGAGCAUAAUACGACGCAUCGUUGUGGCAUCCAAAAAGCCAGCAAGCUCAUAAAGUGAAAAGCAAAUGCAUAUUUAUAAAUACAAUUUUUAAUUAAACUAAGACUUAGUCUAUGAAUUACACACCAAACAACAACGAGACGUACAAACUUAAUAAUUCUUGCCAAUCCUAGAUUCACAUUCGGAGUCUUACUGCAACAGGCAUCAAGAUAGUAUAUGCAAACCUGGAACAAUAAAAUUUCUAUAAAUCAGACUUAUGAAAAAUAUAAAAUAAACAAAAUGACAAAUUUAUAUAUAAGCUAAACCCAAUUUUAGAGCCAUUCGAGGUUUUCAAAUAUGUAUUAACAUUGUAUAAUAUUUCUGGAGCCCAGACUUGAGUUACGGCAUGUUGUACAUCAACUAAUAUUUUUAAAGUUUAUAUAAAAAUGUGCAAGUAGGCUAUGGACUAAACUGCAUUAUGAUUAAUAGAACUUCAUAAUAAUAAUAUAUAAUAUAUAAUAAAUAAUCAU